GCACUGCCCUUUCUGAAGAAGACGGUUGCAUUGUUAUAUCCACCAUCUAUCACCAUUUUUGUACUUUACAUUGUAUCAGUAAUCAUCAACUGGAACAUAAGCAAAUCACUGAUGUAUUUCUAUAAGUACAGGGUUAAAUAAUUAAGUUACAGAUUGCAAAUCAAUACUGCUGAAGCACUACUUAAUGGCUACUAUUAUUUUAAUAUUAGGGCUAGUGUGUCCAAUGAAUUAAUGUAGUAAAACCAUGAGUGUCUGAAUUCAUCCCUAAAGCCUUCAAACCCACAUACAUUCUUUAUCCCAGCAAUGAACUCCACUUUCUUGUUUACUUGCAGACCAUUCUUUAUUCCAGUAAUAAAUGCCAGUUUCUUGUUCACUUGUAGACUAUUACAAGACCAUUCUUUUUUAAUGGCUACUAUUAUUUUUAUUAACCCACAUACAUUGAUAAACUUAUAGUCAACUGCACAUACAUUUUUUAUUCAAAUUUAUAGUAAGAGCAAUGUUGUUAUACAUUAAGUUGUUUCAGGCAUGCAAAUUGAGAAAUAGGCUCCCGGUGGGAGCAUA